AUGAACGUGGAGGCUAAGUCAUCCCUAACAAACAGUGACAUCAUCUUUGUGAAACUGCAUGCCCCUUGGGAGGUCCUGGGCAAAUAUGCUGAACUAAUGAAUGUAAGAAUGCCUUUCAGGAGAAAAAUCUAUUACCUGCAUCGCCGAUACAAGUUCAUGAAUAGGAUCGAGAAACAGAUAAGCAGGUUCCGAGGAUGGUUGCCCAGAAAGCCAAUGAAACUGGACAAGGAAACACUGCCAGAUCUGGAGGAGAAUGACUGCUAUACUGCUCCAUUCAGCCAACAAAGGAUCCACCACUUCAUAAUACACAACAAAGAUACUUUCUUCAACAAUGCUACAAGAAGUAGAAUUGUACACCAUAUCUUACAAAGAGUCAAAUAUGAAGAAGGGAAGAACAAAAUUGGUCUGAAUCGAUUGCUCAGUAAUGGCUCCUAUGAAGCUGCAUUUCCUCUUCAUGAGGGAAGUUACAGAAGUAAGAAUUCAAUAAAAACCCAUGGAGCAGAAAACCACAGACACCUUCUCUAUGAGUGCUGGGCUUCCUGGGGAGUGUGGUAUAAAUACCAGCCACUGGAUCUUGUAAGACGGUACUUUGGUGAGAAAAUUGGGCUGUACUUUGCCUGGUUAGGCUGGUACACAGGGAUGCUCUUCCCAGCUGCCUUCAUUGGAUUAUUUGUCUUUUUGUAUGGAGUCACCACUUUGAACCACUGCCAAGUCAGUAAAGAAGUCUGCCAAGCUACAGAUAUCAUAAUGUGUCCUAUAUGUGAUAAAUACUGCCCCUUCAUGAGGUUGUCAGACAGCUGCAUUUAUGCCAAGGUAACCCAUCUGUUUGACAAUGGAGCUACUGUCUUUUUUGCUGUUUUCAUGGCAGUGUGGGCUACUGUUUUUCUGGAGUUUUGGAAAAGAAGGCGAGCAGUAAUUGCUUAUGAUUGGGACUUGAUAGACUGGGAAGAAGAAGAGGAGGAAAUACGUCCUCAGUUUGAAGCCAAAUACUCCAAGAAAGAACGAAUGAACCCCAUAUCCGGGAAGCCAGAGCCUUAUCAAGCAUUUGCAGAUAAAUGCAGCAGACUCAUCGUUUCUGCAUCUGGAAUAUUUUUUAUGAUCUGUGUGGUGAUUGCUGCUGUUUUUGGCAUUGUUAUUUACCGUGUUGUGACUGUCAGCACUUUUGCUGCCUUUAAGUGGGCUUUAAUCAGGAAUAACUCUCAGGUUGCAACUACAGGGACUGCAGUGUGCAUCAACUUUUGCAUCAUCAUGCUACUGAAUGUGCUGUAUGAAAAAGUUGCUCUUUUCCUGACAAAUUUAGAGCAGCCUCGUACGGAAUCGGAGUGGGAGAACAGCUUCACUCUGAAAAUGUUUCUUUUUCAGUUUGUCAAUCUGAACAGCUCUACCUUUUAUAUAGCAUUCUUCCUUGGAAGAUUUACAGGACACCCUGGUGCCUACUUGAGGCUGAUAAACCGGUGGAGGCUGGAAGAGUGCCACCCUAGUGGAUGCCUUAUUGAUCUCUGUAUGCAAAUGGGCAUUAUAAUGGUGUUAAAGCAGACAUGGAACAAUUUCAUGGAAUUGGGAUAUCCGCUAAUUCAAAACUGGUGGACCAGGAGAAAACUACGGCAGGAGUAUGGCACACAGGGGAAAACAAGCUUCCCACAGUGGGAAAAGGACUAUAAUCUGCAGCCUAUGAAUGCUUAUGGACUCUUUGAUGAAUAUCUAGAAAUGAUUCUUCAGUUUGGGUUCACAACCAUUUUUGUGGCAGCUUUUCCACUGGCACCACUUCUGGCCUUACUAAACAAUAUCAUUGAAAUUCGGCUUGAUGCUUACAAAUUUGUUACUCAGUGGAGAAGACCUUUAGCUUCAAGAGCCAAAGAUAUAGGCAUCUGGUAUGGGAUCCUGGAAGGCAUUGGAAUUCUCUCGGUUAUCACAAAUGCAUUUGUUAUAGCAGUGACAUCAGAUUUCAUCCCUCGCCUCGUUUAUGCUUACAAAUAUGGACCCUGUGCUGGCCAAGGAGAAGCAGGACAAAAGUGUAUGGUUGGCUAUGUUAAUGCCAGUUUAUCAGUAUUUCUGGUGUCUGACUUUGAAAACCGUUCAGAGCCAACAUCAAACGGAAGUGAAUUCUCUGGUUCACCAUUAAAAUAUUGCAGGUACAGGGACUACCGGGACCCUCCGCACUCGCCCGUGCCCUACGGUUACACGCUGCAGUUCUGGCACGUCCUGGCAGCACGCUUGGCCUUCAUUAUUGUGUUUGAGCACCUUGUCUUUUGCAUAAAGCAUCUGAUCUCGUACUUAAUUCCAGAUCUUCCAAAAGAUCUGAGAGAUCGAAUGAGGAGAGAAAAGUACCUGAUUCAGGAAAUGAUGUAUGAAGCUGAGCUAGAACGUCUGCAAAAAGAGCGGAAGGAAAGGAAAAAGAAUGGAAAAUCUUAUCACAAUGAGUGGCCAUGA